AUGCCUGCCUCAGAUUUGGCAACCCGUUACGAUGUGGAACAGACGGCAGAUUACAUCAUCAGAGGCAGCUACCGCAGCGUGGCUCUGCAAUUUCCGGAUGACCUGUUACCCGACAGCCCAGCUGUGUCGGAAUUGCUGCAGCAGCGCCUUGGCGGUCAAGCAAGGGUAUUCAUUUUGGCUGACACUGCCUACAACCCCUUAGGUGUGGAUGAGGUGGCAGCCCAGCAUCUGAAUGCGCAGUGUGUGGGAUUAUCGGAAGAUACGCGACGGCUGCUCAGACGACGGAACUUUAUGGUAGAACGGGCACGGAGCGCCAAUAUCGUGGGAUUGCUGGUCGGCACGUUGGGCAGCGCUGGCUUCCGUCACGUCAUUUCGUCGUUGAGGCGCCUCGCCAUCGCCGCCGGCAAGAAGACGUACACGUUCCUGAUGGGGAAACCCAACCCUGCCAAAUUAGGCAACUUUCCCGAGGAGUUGGAGGCGCGAUUUCUCCAACGACAACAACAGCAGUACAAGCAGGAACAAGAUCAGGAAGAAGAACAAGGUCCAGGACGGCAGCAGGACGGGGAGCAGGAGGGGGCCAGCAUGGCGCUUCAAGCCUUGGGCGGAGGGCUGAGUGUCGCGACCCGUGGGUCGGCCGGGAGCAGCUUGAUGUCGAGCAGUGGCGGACGGGACGUGGUAGCGGCGGCUCGUACGGCAGCGGACUUUUUGGCUAUGAAGCGCACCUUUCGAGGGCUGGAGAUACCGGCGACGGGUGCCGCCCCGAAGGCCGCACAGUUGGCGGUUGAGGGCCUCAGCGGGAGAGCGGCGGUUUACUCUGAAGAGGGUGGCGGCCAACUUCUCUCCUCUGUGAAGCCGCCGCCACAGCAGAGCGUUCCUUCCUCCACCUAUGAGUGGGCCCCCGAGGUCCUCCAGUUCGCUGGUGCUGGUGUUGGUGUUGGUGCUGAUACGCCAGCUUGGCGGCUGUAUUGGUGCUGCAGCUGGAGGGAGCAGGCGGAAGGAGAGCUUCGAACCGUGCGGGUGGGCGACGAGCAGCGCCGCGCCAUGCUGGAAAUCCUCCGACGAGUGCAUCAGCAGCAUCAGGAGGAGGAGGAGGAGGAGGAGCAGCGGCGGCAGAUUGAGUUGCUGGGGGAGUUCCAGGAUCUCGGUUUGAGGACUGGAUCCAGAUCCAGAUCCAGAUCCGAAUUGGGGGUAGGGCUGUCGGAAGGAAAUGGCGACGGUGGCGAAGAAGGUCCACAAGACUAUGAUGAUGUUGAUGAUGAUGAUGAUGAGGAGGAGGAGGAGGAGGAGGAGGAUAAUGAGGUUGAGGAGAGGGGAGAAGAGGGGGACGGCGGCGGUGGCGGUGGCGAUGGCGGCGGUGGCUGGGGCCCUCUGGCCGCAUUACUGAGCAAGGAGACCAGGGCGCGGCUGCACAAAA